AUGUCAAAGCUAGCGCUACUGGACAAUGGAUCUCAAAUUAGUAUUAUGCCACUCAGGGUACUAAAUGAGGCGCAAGAAGCAGGAGUUGACAUAGACGGAGAUGUGGAAGAAAUACCAAUGCCCAAGCAUAGGACAAUCUAUGACGUCUCUGGGAACAAAAUGAGCUUUAAAGUCGCAAUACGCCUUACAGAAAAGACUAGAAACACACAGCCCCGAAGGGUGGCAAUCAGCAAACCUGUAAUCGAGAUACCAGUGACCAACACAUUGUAUCAACCUAAAGUCUUCCGUGCAGGAGAAGAAGUAGGGAGCUGGGACACAAGUUCCAUCGUGGAACGACCACCGGCGGAACACACUAACAUGUUGGAACGCACUUGUCGCAGUAUUCCCGAACGGGAACAAGAACUUUGGCAGUUACUCUGCCAAAGAAAACAGAAUACGGAAAAUUACAAGCUUCUCAGAGACCUAAUAGAACAAUUCAGCGAUGUUUUCGCAGUCUCGGAUCAAGAAUUAUCUGAACUAUGCCGCAGAAGUAUUGAAAACCCUGAAGAAACGCACUGGGAGUCUAUGAAAAAGUGA